GCUAUGAGGACAGAUUCAUCAGAAAUGACUGAUGUGGAGCCUGUAGUUACCAAUUUUACAUCUUCAGCCAGGGCAGGCCGCCGGAAUGCCUUACCAGACAUCCAGAGUUCAGUGGCUACAGGUGGAACCUCAGAUUUGCCUGCCAAACUGGAGGCCCUCAGCAUGAAGGAAGGUUUAGAAGGAGCCAUCUCUGAAGCAGGAGUGGAUGAUCCCAGGGCCAUCAAGAAGGAAGAGCAUGAGUGGAGAGCUGUUGGUGAUAACUCUCAGCACAUUAGAAAUCACUUGCUAUUUAAAAACAUAGACAUGGGCUUAAAUAAAGGGCUGGAGCAGUUUCGCCUGCACUUAGGAGAAAGAGGUGUCUCAUGA